AUAGGGUUUGAUUUCUUUAUUUGCUCGCUCGCCCGCUCAUUGUGCGAGUGGGGGGAGGAGGAGGAGGCGACGGAUUCGCUGGCGUCGGAGGCCGAGCGCGCGCUCUCAAUCGAGGAGGUAGUCAAGGCGCUGCUGGCGGGCCUCGGGGAGGAUCACGAGCUAGAAGGCCUCCGGAGGACGCCGCAUCGCAUGGUCGAGGCCUUCCGCGGAGGAACCAGAGGGUACAAACAAAAGGCGAAAGACAUUGUGCAGGGUGCCUUGUUUCCAGAAGCUGGACUGAAUCCGGGAGUCAGCCAUGCAGGAGGGGUUGGUGGGCUAGUGGUUGUUCGCGACAUCAACCUGUUUUCCUACUGUGAGUCUUGCUUGCUUCCAUUUAGUAUCAAGUGCCAUGUUGGCUAUGUGCCAUCCGGAGGGCGUGUCGUCAGCCUGAGUAAGCUGUCGCGAGUUGCAGAUGUAUUUGCAAGGAGGUUUCAGGAUCCUAAAAGACUAGCAAGUGAAGUUUGUACAGCAUUGCAUAACAGCAUUAACCUGGCCGGUGUUGCUGUCUCUCUUCAAUGUUGGCACAUGAAAUUUAGCCAUUUGUGUGACACCAAUUUUACUCAUUCGACCAUAUCAGAUAUGCAAAGUUGGGGAACAGUUUUAGCUUCUUCCAGGUCUGGAGUUUUUAAGGAAGGGAAGAACUCUUUGUGGGAUGAUUUCACUUCUUUUCUGAUACUAAGUGGUGCAAUCAUCGAAGGAGGAGAUACAAACCAUUCUCAAUAGUAGAAAAUGAA